AUGCAGGUCCUUGGAUCCUUGCACUCGCACGCCGUUAAUCAUCUCGGUCAGCAUGCGGUAGACUGCGUCCCAGAUAUAAGCGAGAAAUAUUUUGAAAAUGGUCGCACCUUGGUAGUGUCUCUGUCAGCAAAUAAUAUGAGUAAGCAAGACGAAGAAAUCGACGCGAUGGCAGAAUCUGUUCAGUUAGACAUGCUAGCACAAAUGAAUACUGGUGACGCCUUGCUGCGGCGCCUGCAUUUGGCACUUCGCUGGCCGAUUGCGGUGUACUGCACCGCGGAAGAAGUCAUAAAACGCGACCCUCGUGACUGGGAUACGAGGAACAGUGACAAACACGGUAGCUACGUUUUGUUCGUGAGGCACCAGAACGGAAUACUGAAUACAGUAAACAAACACAUGCAACAACUGGAGUCUCUCUCCGCCUGGAACUCAAGAGCAAAUUUCGUUGUGGUUGUGGACGAUUAUUACACCGAAGAUAAAGACCAAAUGUUGAAGGACAUCUUCAAAGAAUGUUGGAAGUGGAACGUCUUUAACUUGGUCAUUCUACUGCCCGUGACACGUACAAGCACUUACACAUCCGUUGGUGUUUAUACCUGGUAUCCGUACAGAUUACCGUUUGGACGAUGUGGUGAAUUGCAUCAAGUUUUUCACAUGAACACCUGUCUGUCCACAGCCAGCAAGAAGGGCCGUUAUCUAAACAAUUCUCCCAUUUUUGAUCAAAAAAUUCCCAACAAUCUAAACGGCUGCCCAUUUAGAGUUGCCACACUAAAAUUUCAUCCAUUCAUUAUUUAUGACAAUUACACACUUGACGGUUCGGAAAUCAGGUUGAUAUCAAACUUAGCAGAUAAGAUGAAUGUUAGCUUAAAGCUUAGAGUAUCAUUGAGCUCUGAGCGGAAAGGCCAGCAGCUUUCAAAUGGAACCUGGACCGGGUUGAGGGGUGAACUAAUUUAUGGUUCGUCCGACAUGAUAUUUGGGCAUAUACUGACAAACCUAGAUGACCAUCUUCUGUUUGAUGACACAAUUGUUUAUUCUUCAGAUAAAUUUACAUGGUUUAUUGCGCGGGCAGAUGCAUAUCCCAGAUGGUUAAGUAUGGCUCGGGUGUUCACCCCCAAACUAUGGAUCGUUUUGCUGAUUAGUAUACCAGUUGCUGCUUUUGUUAUGAAAUGGCUUUCACGUAAGAGAAGUGUUGAACUGUGGAGUUAUGCCAAAAGUGUUUUCGCUUUCUGGGCAGCUCUCCUCUGUAUAGGUGCCGAUAUGCCAUACAGCACUCCACUGCGCAUUUUCUUCCUCUCUUGGGUAAUGUUCUCCCUCGCCGUGAACACUGUUUUCCAAACUUAUGUCACAAGCUACCUCGUGGACCCGGGGCUGCAGCAUCAGAUCGACAGUGCUGAAGAACUUUAUGGGUCCAACUCAGUAUUUGCAUUCCCUGGCACAAUAGACAAGUUUUUCACAAAACAAUUUUUAGACAAUCUGAAACCAAGGAUUAGAGCUGAUCCUGUGGUAUGCCUCGAUUAUGUAGCUAACAAAGACAACUUCGCUACAGUUGCAGGCAGAAAGCUUGUGGAGUAUUUCUCCGAAGAUCUGGCAAAACGCGGAUCUAAGCACGAAAUAUUCCGGUUUCGGGAGGAUCUCUUUCAGCUCAGUACUGUGAUGCUUCUCCCAAAAGGAAAUCCACUUCACGAGCUUGUUAAUAAGAUCCUGUUCCGCACAUGCGAAGCAGGAUUAGUUGACAAAUUUUAUAAGGACAUCAUAAUUGAAAACCAGAUAAAAGCUGGGAUUAUAGAAAUAUCAGCUCUCAUAGACGAAUAUAUUCCUCUUUCUCUGUCCCACCUACAAGCUUCUUUCUUAUUUCUUUUCCUUGGUCUUGGAAUAAGUUCAGUUGUUCUGCUGCUGGAGAAGAGUCUGCGACGUAAAUAA